ACCCCACAUUUACCUGGAAGCGGACGCUUUGAACUCUCUGGCAGCUUGCAUACAAAUAAUUGUAAAAAAUGUGCACAACGAUGAAAAUAUCUCCGUCGAUAUUUCCAAAGGUCAUUCUAUUUGGCGAUUCUAUCACACAGUUUUCCUUCAGUUCAGAUGGUUGCUGGGGAGCCCUGGUGGCUGAUUUGCUUCAAAGGAAAUGUGAUGUUGUCAACCGUGGAUUCUCAGGCUAUAAUGUGCGGUGGUGCUCUUUUAUUCUUCCACAACUUAUCACCAAGGAUGUUGCAAAGGAAAUAGCAGCAUUUACUAUCUUCUUAGGGGCCAAUGACUCAAAUGAUUAUGAAUUAAACCCACGCCAGCAUGUUCCAAUACAAGAAUACCGUGAUGGACUAGCACGAAUGAUCAAAUACUUAAAGUCACUUGGAGUAAGUCAAGAGAAAAUAAUUUUGAUUACACCACCUGCUUUCAAUGUAAAGGAAUGGGGAAAAGAGUGCAUUAAGAAAGGUCGACCAUUGAGCAAGAAUAAUAUAACAACUGGAGAAUAUGCCAAGGCAUGUGUAGAGGUUGCCAAAGAGCUGGGUACUCCAGUGGUUGACUUGUACUCAGAAAUGAUGAAACUUUCACACUGGGAACAACUGCUGGUUGAUGGCCUUCACCUGUCUGCAUCAGGAUCCUCCAUGCUGUUCAGCCUCUUGAAGCCACUCAUAGAGAAGCUUACAAAGAACAUACCAAUGAUAUAUCCAGCCUGGGAUGCAGUGGAUGUGGAAGACUUUCGUCAAUCGCUCAUUCUGUAAAGCUGAUUUUACUUCAGCACAUCAUCUCGUUCCAAGCAUCUGUAAUGCAAGCUGUUUUGUGUUAGCGUGCUAACAUCCUUAAUGAUUAUGCACACACUUUCCUUGCUGUCCAUUUCUGGCUGUGCAAAGGGUAUGAUAAAGUGGAAUCCUUCCAAAUGAUUUAUAUAAAAAAAUUGUUAAUCUAGUAUUUUGGACUAUGAAAUCUCAUCAUUUCUGAACUCCAGAAAGAGAAAAUAAACAAUUUUUGAAUUCCACUACAUGAAAUUGAAAUGUGUUUUGCACAAUCCCAACCCUUAGAGUCUGAGAUAAAAAUGUAUAUCCAACCCCUUCAGCAGCAAAGUCUGAAUUGCCCACCCUUGUCAAUCAGAUUGAAUAAUGUUUAUUGCAAAGCUAUGUAAGAAAGAAAAAAAAUAAGAGGGACGAAAUCUGGUCAUUUAGGUGAAUCACAUUUGAAUAAAGAAACAUCUCUUAACAUGGGAA